GAGAAUCUGAUUACUGGUUGGACUGUCGCAGGGCUACCAAUCCAGGGAGCAGAGCCUUGUGUAUCUGUCAGGCUGCAGUCAUUUAACUGAAGUAACGGUGAAAUCUGAACUCGCAUCUACAGCUGUUCCACAGAGCCCUUCAUCUCUGCUGGCUGACGGUGCUGAAACCAUUCCUACCACCUUUGCCUCAUACCAGAGCAUCAUGACUACAGAUGAGGUUUUGGUUCGAAAUCUGGAAUCCCAGCCUUGUAACAAAGAAAUAUGUCACCUGAAUGGUGACUGUGUGGUGAUUAACAACAAAGUGUCAUGUGACUGCAAGCUGGGUUACACAGGAGAGUUCUGCGAUAGAAAAGUGUUAGAGUCAAUUGCCGUUCCCUUGACACUGAGUGUCGUUCUUGUCUUGGUGACACUUUUUGUAGCAGGUGUGAUAUAUGCCGUUAUGAAGAGGAGGACCAAGUUGGCAAAAAGGAAUGCACAAGCAGUUGCAGCGGAGAGAGACAUGAAGACCAUAGAAUCACCAGACCAGGCUUCCAGUCAGACGUUUGCCAAUGAAACCUAUGAUGCUGAUGCGGAACUGAUGAGUCCAUUAGAAAUGUAGGAGCCUUUCAAUCAUUGUCUAUAUUUGUGUGUGUGACUAAUAAAGUUUGAAUUAAGA